AUGGAGAAGAUAUAUCCUUGUCAAAUUUGUGGCAAAAUAUUUCCCAGAUAUAUUGAAUCAUCUGAAGAAAACUUCUCAGAUAUUAAAGAAGAAAUAAAGCUAUUUUGUGAUAACUGUUGGGAUUCAAAUUCCCACAACAACAAUUCACUGAAACACUCAGAAACUGCUAAUGAAAAUGAAAUUAAUCAUAAUGCAUAUUCUUGUAAAGUUCCUGAUACCAAACCCUUAAAUGGUAAACAAUCUAACAUAGAUAAUGUGUAUAAAUGUGAAGUUUGUAACAAAUUCUUUGUUCAAAGUAGUCAUUUAAUUAAACAUAAAGAGACACACUCAAAAGAAAGACCUUAUGGUUGUGAAAUUUGCGGUCAACAUUUCACUCAAAAAA